AUGACGGGGUUGAAAGCUCUUUUUGUGUUGCUGUGUAUUCUUCUGACCUUUCUUACUUACACACCGAUACCAGAAAACAUCGAGGAACCCUGGAAAAUAAUGGCCUUGAAUGCAUUUGGGAAAUCUUUUAUACUUAUGGGUUUGCUCAUUGAAUGUACAGGUUUUAUGAAACUUGAAGACUUGCUUUCCAUGGUAAUCAUGCUGGAUUACACUGAGCCACUUUCAGACGAAUAUGUCAUGGUGACAGAUACCACAUUUAAUGACAUUCCCGUACGCUUGUACUUGCCAAAGAGGAAGUCUGAAUCCCUAAGACGAGCUGUCAUUUAUUUUCAUGGUGGUGCUUUUUGUUUUGGAAGUUUCAAGCAGUCGCCUUAUGAUUCACUGAAUAGAUGGACAGCAAACAGACUAGACGCUGUUGUUAUGACAGCAGACUACAGACUAGCUCCUCAGUAUCACUUUCCUGUUCAGCUUGAAGAUGCCAUCAGUGCAGUAAAAUAUUUUCUUCAGGAUGAAGUUCUUAGAAAAUACGGAGUGGAUCCCCACCGAAUAUGUAUUGCAGGAGACAGCUCUGGAGGAACAUUAACAGCAGCAAUCACUCAAGUGAUGCAGAAUUAUCCAGAACUAAAACAAAAAAUCAAGUUACAAGCUUUACUUUACCCUGCUUUACAGGCCAUUGAUUCUCACUUGCCAUCUCACCUAGAAAAUGAGCAUGGUAUACUUUUAACACGAGAUAUAGCUGUAAGAUUUACAAGUCUCUAUUUCACCAAGAAUAAAACUCUUACGCAGCUAAUGGAAAGAAACCAACAUAUGCCUCUGGAAUCCAAGCAUCUCUUCAAGUUUGUUAAUUGGAGUAUCCUACUUCCUGAGAAGUUUAGAAGAAACCAUGUUUAUACUGAACCAAUUCUUGGCCUAUUUAAUUUUUCAGUACCAGGACUUAUGGAUAGCCGAGCAUUACCCUUGUUGGCCAAUGAUUUACUGCUGCAGAACUUACCUCCAGCUUAUAUUCUCACCUGUCAAUACGAUCUCUUAAGAGACGAUGGACUCAUGUAUGUCACACGUCUUCGAAAUGCUGGCGUUAAAGUUGCUCAUGACCACAUAGAAAAUGGAAUUCAUGGAGCUUUAUCAUUGAUGACAGCACCAUUUUAUGUAAGUCAGGGCUUUAAAGUAAGAGAUAAGUAUAUUGCUUGGUUGGAUAAAAAUUUAUAA